AUUUUUGUAUAUUAAUGGGCCUUUUGUUAGACUGAUCUCAGUCUCAUACAAGAGGUGCUUCAAAAGAAUUUGGUUAAUUUUGACAUUAUUUCAAAAAAUUAUGGUGAAAGUUUAGGAGUAUGAAAGAUACUACUUCAUACUGAGUUAGUAGGAACUCCUACAACGCUACUCGCGUACUGCUAUAAACGCCGAGCGUCACCUGGUGGCUGGCGCAAAGCAGGCGACGCUUUUCUGUUAAAGUAAUUUAUCAUCCCCGUGGCAGAAACAGCUAUCAUCUUCAGGCUCUCAAGAUCCGAUUUUUACUCUUCACCAUCACUCGCCCUUUGAUUCUUACUCUUCUCUUCUUCCUCUUAUACAUCUGAAGAUUAUAGGUUAAUUUCACAUCUUGAAUAGGUAUAAUGGAGGUAGACGAAGAGAAUCCCUCUUCAGCUUCAGUUCCAGCUCCAGAAACAAGUCCUGUGGCUGACACUGAGAUGCUGGAAACUUCAGCUGUUACCAUUUCAGUUCCAAUCACAGCUGUGCCUCCAUCAAUUCCUCCGAUAAUUGCACCUUUGUCAGCUCCACCUCCAGUACUUGUACCACCAAUUGCUCCUCUACCUGUGCCUCAUGUAGUUCCUAGACCAUUAGCACCUCUCCCUGUUCGACUCCCUGUGCUUAAACCAUCUGUGGUGCAAAAUGGCGAGGUAAAACCAAGUGAAUCAGAAUCUGAUGAUGAACCGGGUCUGGGAAAGGGUGCACAGGAUUCCUCUGUUGAUUAUGAAAUCACAGAGGAAAGUCGACAGGUAAGAGAACGCCAGGAGAAGGCUAUGCGGGAUCUCAUGAUGAAGCGGCGAGCUGCUGCUCUAGCUGUGCCAACAAACGACAUGGCAGUGCGGACUCGGCUUCGUCGUCUUGGUGAACCCAUCACUCUCUUUGGGGAGAGAGAGAUGGAAAGACGGGACCGACUUCGAAUGCUGAUGGCGAAGCUCGACAGUGAGGGUCAAUUGGAGAAGUUGCUGAAAAUUCAUGAGGAAGAGGAGGAAGCGGCUUCUAAGGAUGUCGUUGAAGAUGAAAUGAUUCAGUAUCCAUUUUAUACAGAAGGGACGCAAGAGUUAUUGGAGGCUCGGAAAUGCAUUGCAGAGUUCUCUAUAGUUAAAGCAUCUCAGCGUCUGCAGCGUGCAAGGAGGAAAAGGGAUGAUCCAGAUGAAGAUGAGGAUGCUGAGAUAGAUUGGGCUCUUAAACAGGCUGAAACUUUUGUUCUGACUUCCAGUGAGUAUGGUGAUGACCGUCCACUUUGGGGAUGUUCAUUCUCAAAGGAUGGGAGUAUGCUCGCUACAUGUUCUUCUAGUGGGGUUGCCAAGAUAUGGAGUAUGCCUCAGGUGGGAAAGGUCUCUGCCUUGAAAGGACAUACUGAGCAUGUAACUGAUGUUGUAUUUUCUCCUGUAAAUGAGAAUGUUGCAACUGCCUCAGCUGAUCGUACAGCAAGGCUCUGGGACACAAAGGGUACUCAAUUGAGAACGUUUGAAGGUCAUCUAGACCGACUAGCUCGUAUUGCCUUCCAUCCAUCUGGGAAGUACUUGGGCACUGCAAGUUUUGACAAAACUUGGCGUCUGUGGGAUAUUGAAAGUGGUGCAGAGUUGCUUCUUCAAGAAGGUCAUAGCCGAAGUGUUUAUGGCAUGUGUUUCCAUCCUGAUGGAUCAUUGGCAGCAUCUUGUGGUCUAGAUUCUCUUUCACGUGUUUGGGAUCUUCGAACAGGAAGAAGUAUUCUUGCUUUGGAAGGACAUGUCAAACCUGUUCUUGGAGUUGAUUUCUCUCCUAAUGGCUAUCAUUUGGCCACUGGUUCUGAGGAUAACACUUGUAGGAUUUGGGACUUGAGAAAGAAAAAAUCCUUGUACAUUAUUCCAGCACAUUCAAAGCUGAUUUCACGGGUCAAAUAUGAACCUCAGGAAGGAUAUUAUCUGGUCACCACUUCAUACGACACAACUGCUAAGGUAUGGUCUUCUCGAGACUUCAAGCCAGUAAAGACAUUGUCAGGGCAUGAAGCAAGAGUUACAUCCUUAGAUAUUACAGAAGAUGGACAAAGCAUCGUGACUGUUGCGCAUGAUAGGACCAUUAAAUUAUGGUCAAGCAGUACCCCUUCAGAAGAGAAGUUGAUGGAUGUGGAUUGAAGUUGGUUUGCUGAUACCGAACUGCCUUUCAUAUUCGCCAUUAGCAGGAAGAUAGAUCUAUUUGUUCAAUUUUGUUGGAUUUAAGUUGAUGAUUUAUAGAUUGCCAUGCUCAUUAUAAACUUGUACCAACUCAAGUACCAGAAAUCGAGAAUGGAAAUUAAUG